CCUCUACUUCUCGAUUGCUCUUGAAACCAUUUUAUUUUUCCUUUUUGACCCUUCUAUGGGACUCCCUAGCGGGAUCGACUGCUUUGGGAAGUCAAUCUCUCGAAUAUGAGCAAGCGGCAAUUCAAGGUCCAAGCCAGCAGCAAUCGAGCAACUUCAGGCGCUUUCGGCCCGCCGGGCUCUUUUGGUGCUGGAUUUCGCUCAUCCUCAGUCUUUGGAUCUUCUUCCUCAACACUUUCCUAUAUUUCCGAGCCCCCGGACUUAUCUGAUGUUUCAGAACCGAAUGUAGUGGUGGCUUUCAAAAAUUUAAACAAGAAGGACAGCACCACGAAAGCAAAAGCACUUGAUGAACUUCUGUCCCAUGUCAUAACGAAGGAGGCGGGUGGUGUUGAGGAAGCUGUCCUGGUAGCCUGGAUCAAUUUAUACCCCCGUACAUCCAUAGAUAACUCACGACGAGUGCGCCAACUUGCGCAUUGCCUCCAAGGCCAAAUUGCAUCAUCAUGCGGGAAGAGACUUGCAAAGUAUAUGCCAAAUGUUGCUGGCUCUUGGCUUGCAGGACUCUAUGACAACGAUAAGCAGGUCGCCCGUGCUGCGCAGGAUUCUCUAAGACUUGUUUUCAAUUCUACAGAGAAAUUUCGUGCUGUUUGGAAGAUUUAUCAGCAGUCAAUCCUCGAAUAUUCUCGAGACGCCAUCCUGCGAGAAACUGUCCAUAGCCUUAGCGAUGAGCGUACCGUCAGCCCCGAUGAAGCGGAGGGCAAAUAUGCAAGAGUAGUUGCGACAAGUAUUGCGUUGUUAACGGAGCUGCUAUCGCAGAUUGAUUCAGCAGCACCUCUUAAAGAUCAAGUCACUCUUGAGGAGCUGCUCAGGGACAACCAGCUUUGGAGCUUUGCCUCUCACGGUGAUCCCAGUGUACGAAAGGCAUCGUAUAAACUGCUUCAGACAUGCGUGGAAAAGCAGAGAGAAACCAUCUCGGAAAAUCUUAAAGCUAUAAGCUACUCUUUACUGUCCAAGGCCCUGCGAACCGACCAACUUGGCUCUGCUUAUGAAUACGUUGAGGCAUUGUCGUGUUUGACAAAGAGUCUGCCUGAAAUUUGGACCGAAUACUAUAACGAUAAAAAGCCAGCAAUAACUAGAUUAAGUGGCUUUUUAAAGAAAGGCUCACAAGGUGGCGGAUCACGGGUUUGGGAGAAGAUCAUGCUUCUCUUCGAGGGUCUCCCAAGCAGUGUGAUGCCUUCGCGUCUUGCAGAAGCAGAAGCCAUUCUCGAUGCUCUUUUAGAAGGAAUAAAUCGAAGAGAAGAGCACCCAAGCGACCUGACAACUGCCUGGGCAGCCUAUUUUUCUCUAAUAGCUCGGCUUUUCAACUUGAUGGAACACAAGGAAGAAAAAUGUGCUCUUCUUACCAGCAGGCUACUGCCUAUAUUCAGAGAGUAUGUUAGACCGAUGCCAGAGCAGCCGAAGUGGUCGAUUGGAAAUUCGGGUCUUACAAUCUGUUUAAACGGCUUCAAAUUGUGUCAUCAACUCGAAAUGGAUAUUGCGGUUCAUAUUUUUGAGGCAGAAUGGACAGCUCUAGCCGAAACAGUACUCCAAGAUGUCAAAAUUUCCCAACCCGAACAGUCUAAAGAGUAUACUCAAUCACAGGAUGCGGUGGCGAAGCAAGGAAACAGAUUAUUUGCUCUGCAAGCCGCUAAUUUGGGGCAGGUUUCCCUUGAGGCAUACGACAUUCAGGUUUUCUCUAGAACGACGGAACUCAUCUUGAAGGGAGCAAUUGAGACGGUCACAUCAAGAAAUGGUAAACCUUAUGGAGCUGCCGCCGUCGUAUAUGCCGCUGUGCACUUCUCUCUUGAUCUCAUACUUCAGUCGCUGGAAGGUCGCGAGGCCUUGACUACCUUUCUCGAACGAGAUUUAUCAUCGCUCCUAUUUUCUCCCUCAUCAGCGAUGGUUCUAAAAACCCUCACUGCUUGCAUGAAUUUGGAAUGUGCUAAGCAAGCCUGGCAGAGCGCCCUCAAGGCAACACUUGAUGCACAGAACUCGCGCGAAAGAUUUGAAGUAUUACGGAAUCUCCUGUCUGCAUUAAGAUCAAGACCAGAGAUAAUUGCUGGUGUCGACGAGCGUCUGGACGAUUUAAUCCAAAACAGCAUGCGACAGGCAGUAGAGGGCGAAAUUGCGCAGUGGCAACUUGUCAAUCAAGCAAUCGGACUCUCAGGCUUCGCUAUAUCAACCAGUAUGACUGACGACCUAUUGUCCGAAAUGGUCAAUGCGCUCUCAUUAGAAUCAAAGGCUCUUUCGACUUUGGAAGGAGUUGAAUUAGUAGCAAGGACGAAUGGAGAUUACAUCAAAUCAUUCAUCCGCUCAAAGAAUGGACCGAUACUACUAUCCAAUCUGCUUUUUCUGGCAGAGUCAACGGACGAGGAGAUAUCUCACCGAGCUUCGAAAGUGAACAGUCUGGUGGAGAAUACCAUCUCUCAGUCUUCCCAGCCAAUCUCGUCGAACAUAUCCUCGCUCGCCAUUAUACAAGAUGCCUUUGACGAAACAAGACUGGCAUCGGUUUCGAUCGAGUCACUUGUUGAACGAGCAGUGGGGCUCUUGACCCAGACUUCCAAAGGUGAAAAUGCAACCGUAGCGAAGCAGUUGCUGCCGAACACCGCGCAAUGGGAAGCCGCCUUGAACCCUUUUUUGAGUAUUCCGCCAGAUCCAUCCCUUGCUAUCACCGAUCUAUUUGGCAGUGCGAUGCAUAUGAUACAAAGUGAUCAUGCACCAGGCUUUGUUAGCCAGACAAAGUCACUACCUCGGGACAUCAACGGCUAUUCCACGGCAUUGAGGAUAGCGUUUUAUUCCACAAAUGUAUUAAAGGCGUCAGACAUUCUGAAAUUUGUUGAUGCGGAUCUACGGGACGAGACUUAUCGUUGGCUGGCUCAUGUUGUCCAGUUGGCUGAUGACAACCUCAGCGUCUUCGGUGUAAACAACUUGUGGACUCAAAGCGGCCAAGAUAUUGAGGCAGAAAUCCUCGGCUUCAUUUCCGAAACUAAGUCUCUUAUGGCUAACACGACGAAAACUUUCGAUUAUUCAACUGAUGUCAGCAGCCUUUUCAGUGCCAGCUUGGAAAACUCUCAGCAAGACAAGCUCUUUUCAGGCGCAGCUGGAUUGUCGACAUCAGCCUUCUUGAACGCCAAAGCGUUCUGUCUCAUCAAGUCUGAUAUAGUCCAACAAUUCGAUCGUGAUCUCGAGGAAAAUGUGCGCUGGGAAGACAUCCUGCGGAAUCUCGCACAAUCGAAAGAAGAUACCUUCAAGCUCCUGGCUGUGUUGAUAAGCUUUCAACGGCCUAUAUGUAGCUGCGGCGGCUCUGGAAGACUCUGCAACCAGCUUAUUGCAAAUUUGACAGGUCAUAAUUUCGAAAAGGAGACCUUUGAAGGUCUCAGACUUCUUUUGAUACUUAAUUCAAUUCUUAUACAUCACACCGACGUCGUUGAAGGGAUUCCGCAACAGCGCUUGGUAUUUUUUAUCAAGCACCUCAUAGAAUACCUUCAGCUGCCCUCAACAUCUCUUUCGGUAGAUGCUGAGAUAUUUAGAUCAUUCACAGUCAUACUACCUUUUAUCAAAGGAAUCUAUGGCUCUCAUUGGUCACAAAUCCUAGACACGCUUGCUCAGAUUUGGUCGGCGUCGAAAUCUCUUGCUGAUAGCUCGAGAUUAGCGACCAUCCAUUCUUCUCUCAAAUUACUCUCAGCUCUGCGAUCUUUGCUCGGAGAUGAGUCAAACGAUGAUUUAGAGGAUGCAUGGAUAGGUAAUAGCAAAGAACUAUCCAGAGGUCUUAUCAAUCUUCUGAAACAGUCGCAAUCGCUUUCGGAUGAUUUUCAUCAACCUUUGACCAUCGUGAACGAGCUUCUUGCUCGGCAAAUAUCCAAAUUGCCAGUUACAUCUCUUGAUACUGAGGUCGAAGAAAUCUUUCCAUUGCUUUACGCCGAAUCUGGAUCCAUACAGCGAAUUGCCUUUGACAUUCUUCAUAGUGGGAUUCCUCGAAAUCAGGAAAGGGUGUCAUUCGAUGCCGCUCUUGAAGAGAAAGAUGCUCGCCUUCCGGAGGAGCUCCUGUCUCUUGUCCUCCAGCCGCCUACAUUGAUAUCUUUGGAAGAUCAUAGCAUCGAUCACGGAACGUCAAUUCACCUACGCGGCUACCUAUUCAGCUGGAUUCUCGUUUUCGACCAUUUCACGAAUUCUUCAUACAAAGUGAAAAUGAGCUAUGUUGAGAAUAUAAAAGAUGGGGGCUACCUAAGCGGUCUGCUAAAUUUUGCAACGGACUGUCUCGGCCACGCAGAAGGAAAGCCCGUGGACGCUUCCAAAUUUGAUAUCAAGUCGUACACGCCUGGUUUAGAGGAAACUCUGAAACGAGAUACGCAGUGGAUGUUGAUUCACCUUCUAUAUGAAUGCCUGAAAUAUGUUCCGUCCCUCACCAAAGCGUGGUGGAUAGAUUGUAAGAGUCGGCAAAAAGGUCCGUCUGUUGAAGCCUGGACUGAGAAAUAUAUUUCUCCAUCUGUGAUCGCGGACGAGUUGCUCACAGUCAAUCAAUGGAUUACUCAUCAAGAUUCUGAAGAGCAACUGCAGGUCAAAGUGUCCGAGAAGGCACGAGAAGUUACCGCUAGCUACGAAAUUGACGAACAGAAUAUGCAGAUCGUCAUCAGGCUUCCUGGGGCUUAUCCAUUGCGCGGUGCGUCCGUCGAGGGCUUGAAUAGAGUUGGUGUCGACGAGAAACGUUGGCGGAGCUGGCUCCUGACUACCCAAGGCGUCAUCACCUUUUCGAAUGGUAAUCUUAUUGAUGGACUCACGGCGUGGAAAAAGAAUGUUGUUGGGGCGCUUCGUGGCCAGACAGAAUGCGCGAUCUGCUACAGCAUCAUCAGCGCUGAUAAACAGCUUCCAAGCAAAAGAUGCGGCACCUGCAAGAAUCUUUUCCAUUCCUUGUGUCUCUAUAAAUGGUUUAAGAGUAGCAACAGCUCCAGUUGCCCUCUCUGUCGAAACUCCUUCAAUUACAGUUGAUAGCGUACAAUUGGAACGUGGUACAAAUCGGUUAUAUCUGUUCGAAGAUGGCAACAGUUCAACAAUGUAAAAGUAACGAGAAUUACUUUCGGCGGGGAAGAGAACCCCUAGAUUUGUGUUGAUGUUUUGAUUUUUUUUUCUCCAAUACUCAAAUUGGGAAGAACAUGUUGAAUACUUUUUAUCAUUUGAGGCCAUGCAGCCAA